CACUCGCCAUAUUUUCACUGCUGUGAAGCCCGCCGGCCGGCUAGCUGCUAAGUUGAGGAGUAAAAGCUUUCACACAAGACAGCAAUUAGUUAGAAACGAUCUCAAAGGAUUAAAAGGGCAUCUGCGUUAACUGGCCAGCAAGUCGCUGUUAUUUCAUUCUGCAACAAUGAACAUCUUCAGGCUGACAGGAGACCUCUCUCAUCUGGCUGCUAUCAUCAUCCUGCUACUCAAAAUAUGGAAAAGCAGGUCAUGUGCAGGUAUCUCCGGAAAGAGCCAAAUCCUGUUUGCUAUCGUGUUCACCACACGCUACCUGGAUCUGCUCACCUCCUUCAUCUCCCUCUACAACACAAGCAUGAAGGUGAUCUACAUCGGUUGUGCGUACGCCACAGUCUACCUGAUCUACGCAAAGUUCAGGGCCACCUACGACGGCAACCACGACAGUUUCAGAGUGGAGUUCCUGGUCGUUCCUGUCGGUGGUCUUUCUGUUCUCAUCAACCAUGACUUCUCUCUUCUGGAGAUCCUGUGGACGUUCUCCAUCUACCUGGAGUCGGUGGCGAUCCUGCCGCAGCUCUUCAUGAUCAGCAAGACGGGCGAGGCAGAGACCAUCACCACCCACUACCUGUUCUGCCUGGGCAUGUAUCGGGCCCUCUACCUCUUCAACUGGAUCUGGCGUUUCUACUUUGAAGGCUUCUUUGACAUGAUCGCCAUUGUGGCCGGUUUGGUGCAGACCGUCCUCUACUGUGACUUCUUCUACCUUUAUGUCACUAAAGUGUUGAAAGGCAAGAAGCUGAGCCUGCCGGCGUAGAAGACGGAGAUGGAGACUCCCAGCAGACUCAGGGGGGUGUGGAGAUGACCUUGUGUAAUCUCGUGAUCUACAGCAAAAAGAUGCCUGAGACAGAGAGCCAACUAUUGGGGGGGGGAAAAACACUAGUCUUCUUGAUGAUUGCUGAUGGUUCUGGUAAAUGCCAACAAACACCAGAGCUGAACAAAAAUCAUAGAUGGUCAACCUUUGGAUUUCUGCGUUCCGCAUCUUGCCUUAAACUUCUUUUCAUUGCUGUUCAAACUAGGAGAAAAGGCUUUUCUUUUCUUUUUUUUUCUACAUCUGAGGUGUAUA